UCUUUUCCCCCUGCUAGGGCUAUACAUGUUCUUUGUGAAAUCUAAGGCUGGAAGUUCUCAUAAAAAGAGUGUAUAGGCUUUGUAAACAGCUAAAGGCAGCAUGUUUCAAGUACUGACACAGCAGUCGGCACUCUAAUUCCAAGAAAUAACUUGCAUAUCAAAUCUCGAAUGCUAGUCGAUGUCUCGAUUGCUAAUCCAAAAUGUCGACACUACACUCUCUAUUUAUUUUAAGGCGUAAGCAGUUAUGGCUUCCAUUGGCAUCCAGGCAUAGUUUGAAACUAUCCAACUGGAAAUAGAAAUUAUUCAGACGCUACUCCAUUAACUCUGCCCAUGGUACUCCAGAAACAAGAUAUGGAAACAAAAUCAGAAAGCGAAAGUAGUCAUAGCCUGCGAUGCAUCCGGAAAUAAUCCUCACAUUAUACCGUACCGGUAAAUACAGAAAGUGGCUUUGCUCCGUUUAUCCGUUAGUUUGGAUUGUGCGCCAUGAUUGCUGAAAUUCUUGCAUUCGCAGCAUUUCUUUUUGAAAAUUGCACUAGUGUUAUCAUAGCUCAGACUCGUCUUUUCCGAGAAGACGAGGAACAGGGAUUAAUACCGCAAGAUGAACAACAGUACGAUGAUUUCUUAAGUUUCGAUCCAAACGACUAUGUUUUUCGAGAGUUUGAUCACCCAGAAGGGGAAGAAGAAGACCCUAAAUCAUGGCGGAAGGUGCGUCCUGCCUUCAAAUCGUCGUUGUGGACAUCUUUUAAGACAGUGUUUGCCACACAGAUUCUCGCUGGUACGGGGUUAGGUCUGUUAGCAAUUUUUAUUACAUUCUUAGACUUCAACUUCGCCGAUCUUUGCUACGAGAAGACUUCAGAAUGGAACACAAUGCCCUUGAAAAUCCAGAGAAUUCGAGUAACUGCUCAAUCGGUUGAAGGUUUCGUGAUAGAGUUGUGGUACUUCCUCGUUCUUACCACAGCAUUUCCUGGGUCCCUUCUGAAGAAGUUAAACCUGCUAGUGUUGAACUUGCUUGUGGCUUUUAUAGACGUAACGUACAGGCUUUAUCUUCAAUUGUAUGGGAUCUACAAGCGCCCAUGGAUGUCUCUCCCACUGAACGGAAUGUCUGUUUCUAUGGUGGUCCUCAGUGCAUGGAUUCUAGGAAGACAUUUUAGUCCAUCAAGCAUAAAACGAGCUAUGAAGUAUGCAUUUAUUCUCUCUACGCAGUUUAUAUUGGGGAUGCAUGUAUGUUAUUUGCUUAAUUACAAAGUCUUUCCUUGGUAUAAUGAGCAAAGUGAAAGGGUAAGGUUCCUGAUUGCUGGGGUAUGUCCAAUAGUUACUGCCAUUCCCAAGGUUGUAUCACGUCUUGGCGCACAGAAGUUAAACAGGGUUGUCCACCCAGGGACCGCUAACGUUUUUGUUGGGGUGUUGUAUGGUGCCUCUGCUAUUGUUUUCCGUAUCAUGCAAGCCGAGCUGUCAAGCAUUGAUCUUUUCAUAGCUCUGGGUAUAGGCCAUGCUUUCAUCGAUAUGCUUGAGCGUUUGACAAUAACAAUGCGAGACUAUUUAUGGGAGCGUUUUUGCCGCCUUUUCUGUCGCCAGAGAAGACCGCUAUCCAAGUACAGUACACCAAGAAGCCGCCGUUUCAUGGCUGAUGUCAGUAUUCAGAUCUUAAUACAAGAGUCAACAAGUUUGAUAGGUGCACUUGGCUUUAUUCAUUUGUUUCAUUUUAUGUACAGCAACAAUAAGCCACCAUUCACCGACAACAGUGUACUGAUCAACUUUGCUAUUCGUUGUAUAAUAGGGCUAUGUAUUGAUGUAGUUUUCAACACCAUCUCGGUGGUGAUUCAAACUAGGCUAAUGAAUAUUGCUGUAAAUAGAGUUUGGAGAAAGAAAUGGCGAUAUCAUCUUGUGGUAAAUCUAAUUAUAACAUCUUUAACGAUGAUCUAUUUCACAGAAUACCUACUCGAUGUUGUGAGAAAAAAGUAUGAUUUUAAUAAUCCUGAAGAAAUACGAUUUUUUUGGAAUUGCACAGAUCUAUUGUAGCGCCCUAAACAAGUGUAAAACUUUAACCUAUGCUACUUCAUAACUUUUAAAAGAUCAUUAGUUUUCAGAGUUCUCAUCCCAAAUGUAUCAAUAAUAUAUGUUACAUGGGUGAUAAACAAUUGUUCCAGGAAAAUACUAUCAGACUGAUAAUAAAACCAAGAAGAUAGAAUUGCUUUUCCGUGUCUCAUGCAAGAUUGUAGCUCUUUUAGAAAACCUGGUUUUAGAUCUGCAAAAAAAUCUAUGUAAAUGAAGAUGUACAUUUUAUUAGUGGACUGCUGGAAUUGCUACAGAGUACAAUUAAUUCUACAUAGGGUCUAGGGCCAUUGUGCAAAACAUAAUGCACAGAUUAUUUAAUUCUCAUAAGAUAAUUAAUAGUUCUCAGCCUUAAAAAUGAAUAACAAUAUACUGUAACUACUGGGGGGGGGGGUGAAUAGGGGUAGGAAAAUCUGCCGAUCCACUACAUUUUUGGGGCAAAUCCGUGGAUCCGCAUAAUUUUUUUUAGCUCCGCAUGGUUUGACAGAUAAACAAUAGCAUCGAUUGAAAUUUAUUUAAAAUCCGACCAUCGAAGCAGUCAAAAUCCGAAAUCCGCGCCCAAAUUGUGAAGAGAUCCGUGAUCUGCCAUACUUCCAAAAUCAGCCAAUCCGCUAAAAUAAUAAUCAAAAUUCUUAAUCUGUGAGCAUUUCGGGGCCGAAUCUGCUGAUCCGUGAACCUAUUCAUCGCCCCCUACUGAAAUAUAUAUCUUUAGUACAACAGAGUUAGACAUGUUGUUUUGCAUGUAAUUUAGAAACAAUUACAGAAGCAGUACAGUUUUGCUACUAACACAAAUUUAAGGUAGCUUUUCUAUCUGUAAGGUAAUAUUCUUAUUAAAAAAAGUCAAAUUUUAGUGAUAAUACAUAAAUUGUUUAAUCACCAAUAAAAUUUACAGAUAUUAGCUUUAACAUUUUGUACUUAUUUGUUUCCUAAUUUAUAACAAUAAAGUGCAAUACAAAGCCA